AAUAAACAAAAAACUUAAACACUGGCCUUGAUGGCACAAGCCAGCUCUUCCUCACAGGCGUUCAUCUUCACAGUCUCACUGCUCUUCCAGGGACGUCUGGCCCAGCCCUGAGAGAACUUGACACCGCCGUGGGAUUACAUAGGUGGAGUGGACUAAACUACCAAAGGAAUGCAUGCACCUCUCCGAGAGCCCAGAGGAGAUGGAUACCCGCCCUGCGAACAGCUCCUGCUCGGCUGGCCGGGAGAGGGUUGUUUUAAUAGCCAGUCACCUGCACAAGGCUGUUGGCAAGUGGCUGAUGUUUCAUGGCCAGAUUCCCACCCCGUCUGGAGGCCAUGCGGGGAGCCACCCAGCGGUGCUACCCCGCCCCAGGCUACGGCUGAGACAUCGCAGAAUCCAGCGGCCCUGUCCAGAACAGGCGCUGCUACGCUGGGCCCCUUCACACCCUGGCAGGACAUUCUGCCCCAGAGUUCCUCACACCAGCAACACCAGCCAGUCCCCAGCACUUCAGGGACCAACCUUGGGACCCAUCCCUAGUGAUACUGAAUCCUCCAGAGCUUAUAGAAUCAGCCCGUGAACCUGUCCAACCAGUUACAUGGGAGGAGGGGGCACCCCCCAAAGCGGCAGCAGCCCAGCCCAGAGAGAGCACCUGGGACCCACUGCAGGCAGACCUGGGAGGAAGGACUGGCAUCCCGGCCAUGGCGCUCCGUGAGAGACAGUCUCUGCUGCUGAUGCCACUGUUGCUGCUGGUGACUCGGGUCCAGCCUGGGGCAGCUCUGGAGAGCAUUAACUACAUCCCCCAGCUCGCUAACACCACCCUGCUGGGAAGGCUCACACAGUCUACCUUCACCCUGGAGCAGCCCCUGGGCCAGUUUGAGAAUGUCAGCCUUUCUGACCCAGACCCCAUCUGGCUGGUGGUGGCUCACAGCAACGCCACCCAGAACUUUACUGCCCCGCAGAAGAUAGAGGACACACAUGCCCCUGCCAGCUUUGACCUCAAUGGCUACUACGUCACAAUGAGGGCCAGCCGGGUACACUACCAGGGCAGCCAGUCUGGCAGCCAGCUUCGAGUCCUCCGUGUUGGCAAUGAUACCCAGUGCUCUUCCACGUCCUGGGGCUGUAAUCCUCCUCUUCCAGGUGCCGGCCCCUACAGAGUGAAGUUCCUGGCCAUGAAUGCCACGGGACCUGCGGCUGAGACGAAGUGGUCCAAGGACAUCCAUCUGCAGCAAGCCCAAACGUUCCAAGGAGCCCCAGAGUCCCGGAGCAAGAGUACUGUGAUCAUCAUUGCCCUCUUGUCAAUCUUGCUAGUGGUCUUCCUCGUCCUGAUCAUAGCUGCUUGCUGCUGGAGAAUCCCUGUGUCCAGCCCAGCGCAGCAAGUUCGCAUGAGACGAUAUCACACCCACCACACGGACAGCCUUCGAGCCGAGCGGAGUUCCUGAGAAGUUCCCAGGGCUUUCUCCAGGGGCCAAGCGGCUGAGCCUGAGCUGGGGCCUGCCUGGAAGUUUCUGGAACUCUAGGGGGAAAUGCUUUU